UCAACGGCAUCAACACCACCAACUACUAUAAAUAAUUAAAAUAAUUUCACUAUUGAGUACUCAGAGUCUCUCUGUUGAAUAUUAUCAGUCCAAGUCAACCCCAGCUAUCUAUUCCAAUAUAUACACUACUUGCUCCACCAUCAACCUCUCCUCGUAACUUUAUGGAAACUAUUAUUCUUCAAUAUAAAUUGACAAAGGUUCUGUCUUUCUCUCUCUAACUCACUCAUAGAUGGGUAGAGAGAGAGAGAAACAAUAUUAUUGAGACUUGAAAACAGAGAACACUCAAAAUGAAGAUCUUGUUUAUAGCUUUUAUUAUCUUUGCACUGAAUCUAGCAGAAGCGGAAUCAGCUGCUUCUUCAUCAUGUAACAGUACGGACCAAGUGCUGGUUUCGAAGGCUUUUAGAUCAGUCUCCGGCUUCAACAUAUCUCUGUUCAAACAUUAUGAUUCUAACUGUUCGCGGCCAUUUAUCAGAGAACUCAACUUAUCAUCCAUGAAUCUAAGAGGGAUCGUAACCUGGAAGUUCCUCAGAAAUAUGUCUCAGUUACAAAGUCUCGAUCUUUCGGGAAAUUCCUUGAAGGGUUCGGUUCCUGGUUGGCUCUGGUCCCUACCGAGCUUACUUCAGGUCAAUCUAUCCAAGAAUCAGUUCGGUGGGUCUUUUGGGUUCGAACCCACAUCGAGUAAUGGUUCAGCUUCGUCUAUUCAAGUUCUCAAUCUCUCUGCAAAUCGGUUUACGAAUAUGGUUAGGCUCUCUGGUUUUCGCCAUCUUAAAGUGCUUUACCUUUCACAUAACAAUCUGAGAACUCUGCCUUCUGGUUUUCGAAACCUCACAGAGUUGCAAUACCUUGAUAUCUCCAGCUGCAAUAUUUCCGGUAACUCAAAACCCUUUUCAUCUCUCCGUUCAUUGAAGUACUUGGAUGUUUCGAAUAAUAAGAUGAACGGUAUAUUCCCCUCGGAUUUUCCUCCUCUUGAAAAGCUCAAGUUUUUGAACAUUUCUCAUAAUAAUUUCUCUGGAUUGAUUAGCCACGAAAAGUACCAGAAAUUUGGCAAAGCAGCAUUCAUUGCCGCUGGAAAUUUCACCCUCAACGCUGCUAAAACCCCUAAAAGUUUCCAUCUUUCACCUUUACCGGCUCCGGCACCGGCACCAAACCGUAUAAACUCAACCUUGUUUAACAUUACCCAUCAAAAAGGAGCCCACAAACUUGUUCACAGACACAAAACAAUACACCAAAACCAAAAACCAGUCAUGAAAAAAUCCCGAAAGACAUUGAUCUUGGCCACGGCCUCUGCUUCCACAUUUGUCCUGUUUUCAAUGGUGGUUUGUCUUUUCGUCCGGAUGUACAGAAGAAAACGACAAAUAACGAGAAAGAACAAAUGGGCCAUCUCUAAACCAGUCCAACUUCCCUUCAAGAUGGAGAAAUCUGGUCCCUUUGCGUUUGAGACCGAAUCAGGUUCGUCCUGGACCGCAGAUAUCAGAGAACCAUCUUCAGCUCCGGUGGUGAUGUUUGAGAAGCCGUUGAUGAAUUUGACUUUCAAGGAUCUGAUUGCCGCCACUUCACAUUUCGGGAAAGAGUCUCAGCUAGCUGAAGGCAGAUGUGGACCCGUCUACACUGCCGUUCUUCCUGGAGACAUACACGUGGCAAUCAAGGUCUUGGAAAACGCCAGAGACGUCGAUCAAGAUGAUGCUGUUUUCAUGUUCGAAGAACUGUCCGGUUUGAAACACCCCAACCUUUUACCUCUCUCCGGUUACUGCAUUGCAGGGAAAGAGAAGCUGGUUCUAUACGAGUUCAUGGCCAACGGCGAUUUACAAAGAUGGUUGCACGAGCUUCCUACCGGGCAGCCUAACGUGGAAGAUUGGAGUAGUGACACGUGGGAGAAUCCUAAUGGAAACGGGCUCCACAUGGGUUGGCUGACGCGCCACCGCAUCGCCGUCGGUAUAGCGCGUGGGCUCGCGUAUCUCCACCACGCUGGUUCUAAGCCCGUCGUACACGGCCACUUGGUGAGUUCAAACGUACUGUUGGCCGAGAAUUUCGAGCCACGGAUAGCUGAUUUCGGGUUCAGGAGCUUCGGAGCACGAGAUGGUAAUAAUUGCAGCCCCGAAAGUGACGUAUACUGUUUCGGUGUGGUUUUGAUGGAGCUACUAACGGGUCGACCCGGAACAGCGGAGACUGUAGUUUGGGUAAGGAGGUUGGUGAGGGAAGGCGUUGGUGUGAAUGCACUUGACCCGAGACUCCGACCCGGAUCCUUAAGUGGGCGGGAAGAUGAGUGGGAGCGUGAAAUGGUGGAGAGCCUACGAGUUGGGUACUUGUGUACGGCGGAGUCACCUGGGAAAAGGCCCACGAUGCAACAAGUCUUGGGUUCGCUCAAAGACAUACAUCCCACCUUGCUUUUGGGUUGAUUGUGUUGACUCAUCUCGCCACGUCAGCUUUCAGAUGGGAAAUCCCACGUGGCACUAGGCUUGCGUGCCUGAUAUUUUUUUUAAGAAAUGGAAGAACAGAUUUUAUUUUUUCCCAAGGGCGCAAAACUGUAAAAAAAAAUGUAGAUUACUUUUUCUUUUGGAUUUAGAUCAUAUAAUUUUUUUUUACCACGGUGCAGUUUUUUUCUUUUGAUAUGGUGGGUGUUGUCACGUGCCACCUUGUCGCGUGGUAUAAGCACUAAGCAGUUGAUUGUUUGGAAAGUUUAAUUACGUUUUGUUUUUGCUAAGAUAAUUACGUUACGUUUGGCA